AUGACUUAUGAGAGUCGAUUUACCGUGCAAUUGGAUGAAUUCGAAUCACUCUAUUCAAAUAUGCGAUAUCAUUAUCAAGAUGCACAAGCAGAAAAUCGUACGGCUCAUCCAAUGGAUGAAUGGUUGGCGUUUUCUACAAAUGUUAUAAUGGCUGAUGAUGACCCAUUAGGAAUUGAAGAUACACAGCCACAUGAUAGAGAAGUUCUCUUACAAAUAAUCCAUAUUCGACAUACAUAUUUUAUUAUUAAUUAUGAAAAUGGUCAUACCAAUGAAGAUGCAACGUUAUAUAUUUAUGGAAAUGAUCAUACCAUCGUUCUCAAUAUAGAAAAUGAUAUAAAUAUUCAAGUCAUGAAUAAUAACGAGAGUGAUGCAUCACAAAACGUGAUUAAUGAUCAAAUACAUAAUAUAAAUCUUUUGAACUCGAUAGAAUCACAAGAUAUUAUAUUGUCAACUAACAGUGGUGAUGAAGAUGACCAAAUUCUUGGUUCCGAAAGUGGUUUUGAGAGUGAUGAUGAACAUGACUCAGAUGAUGAUCAUGAUCAAAUAGUUUUAUCAUCAAAUCAAAUAAUGGAAAGUACUAUGCAUCAAACAAAUACACUUUACUCGAAAAUAUCAAAUCCUAUCGACUUAGGUUAUGACUCAAGUGCUGAAAGUAUUGAUUAG